CUUUUGUUUCCGUGCAAGGGUUUCAUUUUUCAUAACCACUUUCCCUCGCAAAACCUCUGAACUCUGUACCUGCGUUUUAGUGUUCAUUGACUCUUUCAAGUUUCAACCAAAAAAAAAAAAAAAAAAAACACAACAAAACCCCAAAAUCAUGUUGCAAUCCCCACUUCUCGUACUACAAGAUUCUUUGAAACGAGAGUCGGGAAGUAAGGUACAACAUGCCAAUAUUCAAGCAUCAAAGGCUGUUGCUGACAUAGUCCGCACAACCUUAGGCCCACGAUCCAUGUUGAAGAUGCUACUUGAUGCUGGUGGAGGAAUUGUAGUCACUAAUGAUGGAAAUGCUAUUCUACGUGAAUUGGAUCUUGCACACCCAGCAGCAAAGUCAAUGAUUGAACUUAGCCGCACCCAAGACGAAGAAGUAGGAGAUGGGACAACAUCUGUCAUUGUCCUUGCUGGUGAGAUGCUCCAUGUUGCUAAAGCCUUCAUUGACAAGGAUUAUCAUCCCACAAUCAUUUGCCGAGCCUACAACAAAGCUUUGGAGGAUGCUAUUGCCGUGCUUGACAAAAUUGCAAUGUCCAUUGACUUGAAGGAUCGUGCAAUGAUGUUGGGGCUAAUUAAGAGCUGUAUAGGAACAAAGUUCACUAGUCAAUUUGGCGAUUUAAUUGCUGAUUUAGCACUUGAUGCAACAACAACUGUUGGUGUGGACCUUGGCCAAGGUUUGCGAGAGGUGGAUAUUAAGAAGUACAUAAAGGUUGAGAAGGUUCCAGGUGGCCAGUUGGAAGAUUCAAAGGUUCUUAAGGGAGUUAUGAUUAAUAAGGAUGUAAUCGUCCCUGGCAAAAUGAGAAGAAAGAUUGUCAACCCACGUAUUAUACUUCUUGAUUGUCCCCUUGAGUACAAGAAAGGUGAGAACCAAACAAAUGCUGAGUUAGUCAGAGAAGAAGAUUGGAGCAUCCUGUUGAAAAUGGAAGAAGAAUACAUUGAGAGCCUUUGCGUGCAGAUACUGAAGUUUAAACCAGAUUUGGUAAUAACAGAGAAGGGACUCAGCGAUUUGGCCUGCCACUAUCUGAGCAAGGCUGGUGUCAGUGCAUUCAGGAGGUUGAGGAAGACAGAUAAUAACAGAAUUGCCAGGGCAUGUGGAGCUGUUAUUGUUAACAGACCAGAUGAAUUGCAAGAAUCUGAUGUUGGUACUGGUGCUGGGCUAUUUGAGGUUAAGAAAAUUGGGGAUGAGUUUUUUGCAUAUAUUGUUGACUGCAAAGAUCCAAAAGCAUGUACUGUGCUCUUAAGGGGUGCUAGUAAGGAUCUCCUAAAUGAAGUUGAAAGAAAUUUGCAAGAUGCUAUGGCUGUUGCAAGAAACAUAAUCAAGAACCCAAAACUUGUUCCUGGUGGUGGUGCUGCAGAGUUAACCGUAUCGGCUGCAUUGAAGCAGAAAAGUUCAUCUAUUGAAGGGAUAGAGAAGUGGCCUUAUGAAGCUGCUGCUGUUGCUUUUGAGGCUAUUCCACGAACUUUGGCACAAAAUUGUGGGGUCAAUGUGAUUAGGACAAUGACUGCCCUGCAAGGAAAGCAUGCAAAUGGUGAGAAUGCAUGGAUAGGCAUUGAUGGGAACACUGGUGUCAUCUCAGAUAUGAAAGAGCGAAAGAUCUGGGACGCCUACAAUGUGAAGGAACAGACCUUCAAAACAGCCAUAGAAGCUGCUUGCAUGCUUUUGAGAAUUGAUGACAUUGUAAGUGGGAUUAAGAAGAAGCAGGCCCCCGGUGCAGGCCAAGCUCCAAAGCCUAAAGUUGAGACAGAAGGAGAUGCAGAUAAUGAGCAAAUACUUCCUGACUGAAGAUAUUUACACAAUUGAACUAACAAUCUUUGCUACCAUUCAUUAGGAAAGGAACACCCUCCCACACACCCAGCAAAAAAGAAGACUGAAUUGGAUUCAGGUUUUGAUGGAGCUGGUUCUCAUGUCAGCUCCAUAUGGAAAUUUUAUGCUUUUGAUUCAUACAUAUUAGGUCAAAUCCUAACCCUGUCAACUGCUGUUUUGGACUACUGUAGUUGUGAUAUCAUUUAUUAAUUAGUAUUAGUACAUUCAUUGAUUGA